AUGAAGAUCCAAACUAAGGCCUCUCAGGUUUUGGAGAGAACCUCCCACUAUAUCAAGGCUGGUAUUAUCCGUGAUAAGCCCGCCUGGUAUGAUGCCGUGGCUGCGGUGCCUCCCACAUUCAACAUGGAAAAAUUACCCAAAAACCUUGGGCCUAAUCAGCUACAAGAUCCCAUGGAACAGCUUUGGAAAGAGCAAGGCGGCUACAUCAAAACAAGAGCUUCCGCCCCUGAAAGAGCGCAAAAAAACAAUUUCGUCAGUCGGGUGCCAAAAUUGCAGUUUUUAGAGGACCAGUUGAGAGAUGUAUUCUACCACCAACACCCUUGGGAAUUCUCGAGGCCAAAAACUUUGAUUGAAAACGAUGGCGACGAUCAGGCAAAAUGUGACUGGUCACGUAUGCUUCAAUUGAACAAGCCUCUUGAUGGUGAAAGCGUGGUGCAAAGAACGUUGUGGUUGUUGCAAGAUUCGAAGCAACAACAGAAGGAGAAGACUCUUUUUGAGGCCUAUGACCAAGCCCGCUUUGAAUUCUACCAGUUGCGUAUGGCCGAAGAAAUGAAUUCUGUUGUGUCCAAAGAGGAAUCUCUCAUGUUUGGUGCGCACUUUGCAUCUUCUAACUUACAAUGGGGUGUCCAGAAGGAACAAGAGACUAUCGACAGGUGGGCUAAGAUUGGAGAAAAGAGAACGAAAAUCAGGGAGGCUUCUAGAAGCAAGGCCUCUGCCAGUGCUGGUAUUGCUGCCACGCCUGAGGAGCCCACCAACAUGUGGGAAUCGUUUCUUUCUUCCGAGGAGCCCACAAACCAAUAA